UGCCCAUAUCACGUCUCGAUACAUUAAUGCCCAGAUCCUGUUUUCCUUAGUGAGACCAAAUCAUACAAUUAACAUUGCCUUCUUGAAGAGGUGGCUGUCGCUUAUUCCUUGAAUUAAACGUAUAGUAUCUCCUCAGUCGUUGCCUUUGUAUUUAUUAUACAGAAAAAAAAACCCAAUAAAGAGAAAACAAACAAAUCUAACUCUAUUUAGUGAGAUCGAGCCCAUAUAAUUAGGGCCUUAAUUAUGCAAGAUGAGCAUAAGAAAUUGGGGUUAGAUAGUUUUUGUGCCAACGAUGAGUCAACUGCCCAUGCUUUCCGCCGUCCUCUGCUUCAUCGUCGUUGCAGCAGCAACCGCCGCCGAUGAGGCCUUCGUCUACAAUGGAUUCGUAGGGGCGAACCUGAGCCUCAACGGUUUUGCGGAGAUCACCGGCGACGGACUCAUCAAGCUCACCAACGACACAGAACAAGCCCAAGGACACGCUUUUCACCCGCUUCCUCUCCGUUUCAAGGACUCCGCUACCGGCGCGCCUCGCUCCUUUUCGGCCACCUUCGUGUUCGCCAUCGUGCCGGAGCACUCUGAUGUGAGCGGCCAUGGCAUUGCUUUCGCUAUCGCUCCGUCCGUCGGUAUUCAAGGCUCCAUGCCCAGUCAACACCUCGGCCUCUUCAACGUCUCCAACAUCGGCAGCCCCAGCAACCACAUCGUGGCCGUCGAGUUCGACACCGUCAUGUCCGUGGAGUUCUACGACAUCAACAACAACCACGUCGGGAUCGACGUCAACACCUUGGUGUCGGCGAACUCCUCGCCGGUGGCCUAUUUCGAAUCCGGCGUCCCCAAGAACCUCACGCUGAUAAGCGGCGACCCGAUGCAGGUGUGGGUCGACUUCGAUGGCCACGACCUGCUGCUCCAAGUCGUGGUGGCUCCUCUCUCUGUUUCCAAACCAGAGAUUCCCAUCGUUUCCUCAAAGAUCAAUCUUUCCUCCAUCGUCUUGGAUGAGAUGUUCGUGGGCUUCUCUGCCUCCACCGGCGCCGCCACAGGAUCCCACUACAUUCUCGGAUGGAGUUUUAACCUCAACGGAGAUGCGCAACCACUCAACAUCUCAAAGCUUCCUCCAGUUCCUCUUCCCAGAAGCCAAAAGAAGAAAUCCGAUGUCCUGGCGAUUAGCCUUCCUCUAGCUACUGUAAUCCUCUCAUCGAUCUGCAUAACAGCGAUGAUUUUCAUCGCUAUAAGGAGGAGGAAAUUUGCAGAGUUAUUAGAGGAUUGGGAGCUGGAGUACGGACCGCACAGGUUCUCAUACAAAGAUUUGUACCGAGCGACCAGAGGCUUCAACGAGGCGAACCUCCUCGGCGCCGGCGGCUUCGGCCGGGUUUACAGAGGUGUGCUACCGUCGUCAAAGGUCGAGGUCGCGGUGAAGAGGGUCACCCACGAAUCGAAGCAGGGGAUUAAGGAGUUCAUCUCGGAGGUCGUGAGCAUGGGCAAGCUGAAGCACCGGAACCUGGUGCAGCUCCUCGGCUACUGCCGACGGCAGGGGGAGUUGCUCCUGGUCUACGAUUAUAUGCCCAAUAGAAGCCUGGAUAAGUUCAUCUUCUACAAGGACCGACCGCGGCUGGAUUGGUCGCAGAGGUUCCGCGUCGUCAAAGGCGUGGCGGCGGGGCUUUAUUACUUGCACGAUGGAUGGGAGCAAGUGGUGAUUCACAGGGAUAUCAAGGCCAGCAACGUGCUGCUCGACGGGGAGUUUAAUGGGAAGCUGGGGGACUUUGGGCUCGCGAGGCUGUACGACCACGGGGAAAAUCCGCACACCACGCACAUCGUGGGGACCUUGGGGUACCUUGCGCCGGAGCUGAGCAAGACGGGGAAGGCGACGAAGGAGACGGAUGUGUACGCCUUCGGAGCCUUCCUGCUGGAGGUCGCCUGCGGGAGGAGGCCGCUGGAGGUGAAGGGGUCGGCGGACUCUCCGGGACUGGUGGAGUUCGCGCUCGAGUGCUGGAAGAAGAAGGCCCUUCUGGAGGCGAGGGACGCGGAUUUGGGGGAGGAAUUGGCGGCGGAGGCGGAGGAGGAGGUGGAGGCCGUGCUCAAGCUCGGGCUGCUCUGCUCGCACCCUGAUCCUAUGGCCAGGCCGACCAUGAAGCAGGUGGUGCAGUUCUUAGAAGGCGACGCUUCCUUGCCGAGCAUGUUGCCGGAGGGAUUGAUCGACGGUGUGGCCACGCUGAAGUAUGACGAGUCCUUCGACGAUUUCCUCAAGCUCUAUCCGUCCUCUUCACAUGCUGAAGCACUUCUACAGCAGUCGUCGCCAUUAUUUUCUGGCGGUGGCUGAACGAUUGCAGCUUUUCAGUGACACUCGGUACGGGAUGAACAGGAGCUGUAUACAUAUUAACCAGGCAGAUACUCCAUGGUCGAGUUUUCAGAGGUUUAAGAAAUAGCGCCUUAAAGUUGUGUAACUGUCACACUGAAAUAAAAACAUUCAGCAACGAACAUAUCGUUUGUUCAAAAUCCUUGAGGACACUUCAGAAGUCUUUAUGAUCCCUCAAACCUCACCUUCGCCUACAAACGUCAUUUUGGUCAUUGGUUGCCUGCGGUUGUGGUUGGAAUUAAUGCGCUUAUCAAGAAUUUAAAGAGAAUAACAAUUCUCAACCACAUUGGAAAAAUAAAUGGUUUGACAAUUUCAAAGAAAGUUGAAUACAAUUGAUUGGGCGAUAAAUUUUAGAAGAUUGGAUUAAAGUCAAAGAUGACUAUUUAUGGGAGCAUUGAAAAUAUCCAAUGUAAUUUAAUAGCGUUUAUGAUUUAAUUGAUGUAACAAGUUCUCUCCUAAAGUCUUCUUUUAUUUCGUUUUUCUUGUUAUUCUAUAAAAUAUAUGUAACUCA